AAGAGCAACCUCACCGCAAUGCGUCUGUUGGUAAUUGUGGCUUGCGUGGCUAUGGCCGCGGCCAGUCCCCUAAAGAAGUCGAUCAACGCCAAGGCGAUCGAGCCAGUCGACCAACACCUGGACUCGUUGCGAGCUACCGAAGCAGGAUCUAGCCAGAAGGUCGACAGAGCGAAGAAGGACGUGACGUUCUGCGUGGAAGUGCGCCAGGACAACAAGCCAGUAGUGGUCGACUGCAGCGACAAACAGCCGGUACUACCGCCGCCAACACCGGAACCGCAGCCAGAUCCGCUACCGGAUCAGCCGGAUUUGAUACCAACGACGCAAACGCUGAACAUCGACAUACCCUGCGAGCCGGAAAUAGCCGCGUUCUUGGUGCAGCCGCCCGAGCAGGUCGUUUACGCGCCCACCGGCAACUGUAUCCCCCAGAUGCCCAGCGUGAUCCCGAUGCCGACCUCCUCCAUCAGCGCUCAGGGUCAGGUGCUUCACUUCCACCAACACGGUCUGCACGGUCUGCACGGCCUGCCCACCCUCCACGGCGGCCAGGGACUUCACCUCGUCAAGCCUCUGCCAAACCCGGUGCUGCCGCCGACUCAUGCCCACCAUCUCCACGGCGUCGAGUGCACCUGUCACAGCGGGCCUAUCGGUAAAUCCGCCGACGCGUCGACGCUCGCCAACAACGAGGCUCUCGCUAUGAAGUUCCUGCACGACAUCCAGAGGAACUCCGCCGCCAGCUCUGGACAGAAUAUGCUCGUAACAGCACCAACGAAAAUACAAGAGUUAGCACCAGCAGUAAAAUUGCAAGGAACAGAACCCGGAGUAAAAGUACAAACAUUGGUACCAGGAGUGACGAUUCAGGGAUCGUCACCGGGAGUGACGAUUCAGGGCUCGACACCGGGAGUGACGGUGCAAGGAUUAGCACCGGGAGCAACAACGCAAGCUCUGGCACCAGGAACAGCGAUGCGUUACCUUUCGAUGCGGCCCAUGAUGAUGUCGACGCCGCAAGCGGCCUUCUCGCAAUCGUCGCCGAUGGCCAGUGGCGGAGUGUACCCCGUGAGCAUGGGAGGACACAUGAUGUACCCUAGCAUGAUGCGCCUCAAGUCUCUCGAGGACAGCUUCACCACUGGCCCCAUGCUCCCGUCGAUUCGCGCGUGUCGCGAUGACAGCGAGAUGGCUGCUGCUACCGCUGCAGGCGAUGCUCGCGCGGCCACAGCCGAAGCCGACGCCAAGUCCACUCCCGUCGAGACCAUGGAGCAGAUGAAGAGGAACGACAAGGACGACAAGGCGUCCAGGGUCGCGCGCUUCGUCAUGGAGAAGGACGAAGCCGAGAACCGACUCGACGACAACUGAACGCACCACGCGCGUUUUUGUUUUCACGCUAUUCUUUAGAGAU